AUGGACUCUCCGGUGGUUCUAGAUCUGGAAUUUGGAACGUGUUAUAGACCUUUUUGCAAAGAGUCCGAGUACCUCAGGAUCGACAAGGACCUGGAGCUCGGCAAAAGUUUCCUGCGUCGGACAUACUUGUCGAAACAACUCGGAAGAGACGAAGAAACAGCGAUCGUGGACCUUUCCGUGGGGAAACCAGAGCACCGCCCCGGUGACGUUUGGGAGUCCAAGGGACAAGGUUUGUGGGCUAAGUACGGGCCCAUUUCCCACGCCAUUGAGGACAUUACUGUUCUUUUUGCUCCAACUGACCCGCGGCCCGGCUGGAAUAUUGUAACCACGCCAUUAGACACAGAUACAUCUCACAACGUGUACGUCAGCUACAAAAAGACAGUCAAGUCUCCUUCUAAGCCGCAGCUGGCGUUCAACAAACAGAACAAGUUCAAGAUCCUCCAGGUUGCGGACCUGCACUUCUCCACGCUGGAAGGAGUGUGUUUGGACCCGUGGCCGAAACUGUCUUCGGGAGAGUAUUGCGAGGCUGAUCUGAGAACUACAGAAUUUGUGGAGACUGUGCUGGAGCUCGAGAAACCGGAUCUGGUGGUGAUGACUGGUGACCAGGUGUUUGGGGACGAUUCUCCAGACUCGGAGACCACGAUUUUAAAGGUGUGUGACAUUUUUGAGCGAUCCAAGGUUCCGUACGCGAUGGUUUUUGGCAACCACGACGACGAAGGGUCGUUGGACAGACAACAGCUCAUGGACAUUGUGGAGACACUCCCAUACUCGUUGGCCACUGACGGGCCUGCUAAUGUCUCUGGAGUCGGCAACUAUGUUAUCCAAGUGCAGGACAAGUUGGCCCUGUACUUCAUGGACUCUCACAAAUACUCGCUCAACCCGAAAGUGCGGGGCUAUGAUUUUUUGAAACAGGACCAGAGAGACUGGAUCGAGAGUGUCAAAGUUGAUGUGCCGCAGGCAAUGGCAUUUUUCCAUAUUCCUCUACCGGAGUAUCGAGAAACACAGAAAAUAGCGUUUGGCAACUACAAGGAAGGAAUCACUGCGCCACAGCUCAACUCUGGCAUGGCCGAGUCUCUCAAGGAGGUCGGGGUGUCGGUUGUUUCUGUUGGCCACGACCAUUGCAACGACUACUGUCUUCAAUCAGACUUGUGGAUGUGCUACGGCGGAGGAGCUGGCGAAGGCGGGUAUGCUGGCUACGGCGGCACCGAGCGGCGGGUUCGUGUGUUUGAGGUGGAUUCUACCGCGUCGCAGAUCGCCACCUGGCAGAGAUUGCGCUCUGAUCCGGAAACAGUGGUGGAGCAUCAUCUGCUGGCCAGCAACACGGUGUCGGGCCCGCUCGCGACGGAUCUGGCCGGGCUCCAGCUGGACCCUGCAAAACCAGGCACCGUGGACUUUCUGAGCAGCAGCAAGUUCCAGGGCCUCAACAACCUGUACCGCAUUGAGAAGUACGGGUAUGAGAUCGGAUACAAGAUCACAGACUGCCUGAUCUACAAGAAAUCUGUCGAGGAGGGCGUGAAUAUCCAGUUGGUGGACGUUUUGGAGGUGAUGAAGUUCAUUUGCCGCGACGUGUGGCGCAUGUUCUACCUGAAACAGAUGGACAACCUGCGGACAAACCACAUCGGCACGUUCGUGCUCAUAGACAACCACUUCCGGCCGCUGCUGAACGUGUCGAGUGCAAACGGCGACGCCGACACACUGGCCAAGAUCCAGCCGUACCUUCAGCUUCCGUGCGGGCUGAUCCGCGGGAUCCUAGCCAGUCUCGGGAUCUCUGCCUUGGUGAAGGCAGAGGUGAUCGAAAACUCGCUGCCAGCGGUCUCGUUCAACGUGCAAACGACCGUGUCGAAGUAG